GCCGAGGCAUUCCGCGCGCUUGUGCCUGGCAUCAGCCAAUGGGGAUGCCCCAGCGACCUCCGGCACAUCGAUUUGCUGGGCUUCCCCAAAGCCUUCGUGGAUAUGGGCGCGCGGACGCGGGCGGCCCAGUUCCGGGUAUAUCAUUUGGAAGCAGCUAGCACUGGCGGACUGCGAGUUCGACAGCGCGCGGCGGGGCUGCGGCGCGCCCAUCUGGCGGCGGACGACGUGGUGAUGAAGGCUACCUGGGCCGAUUGGUUCGCCCACUCCUUCCUGCUGCAGCUGGACGCUUCGGCCGGCCACUUCGAGUUGCGCGGGGCGCAGCUCGUGAAGGCGACCUUCCAGCGGACCGCAGCAGCCUCACUACCCCAGGUGACGACGCUCGAGUUGGAGGUGCGUAUCCGGCACAAACUCAGCAGGUGGCGCGUGCCAGAGCUCCCUCGGAUCCGGGUAUCCCGCUGCAUCGAGUUCUUACAGGCACUGCGAGGACGAGCACCGCCACGAGUCUGGGCGGCGACGUGGCGCACGCUAUGGAAUGGCUGGGCCACAAGCAGGCGUACGCAGGGUGCAAGGGGCCUAGCUGGUUGCAUGUUUCGGUGCUCCGACGAGGCGCCGGACUCCAUCGAGCACUACGCCACCUGCCCGCGCUUGCACGAGGUGACAGGAAGGCGGCUGGGCCUGCCGCGCGUUGCUUUGCCGGGCGCGCGAUUGUCCUCCUUCCUCGGAUUGGAUUUCCGGGCGAACAGCGACCCGGCGAGGGCGGUCUGCGUGGCGGUCCGCGCAACCGCGGCGUAUCGCACGCAUUGUCAGUGUCGCCACGGCCAAGUUUCGCGCGGGCCGGCGGCGAUGGAGGCCCUCGACCAGUCGUGCCGCGAG